GAAAAAUGAUUAGUGACUUUCUUUAAAAAAAAGCAAUCACCCUCAAUUGAGUAAAUAUCCAAAUGGAGCACAUGCCAAACUAAAAACAAUGAGCACAAAAGUCAGAAGAGUAGGCAAAAUGAAAGAACAACCAAUACAUGCCAACUAUGAGCAAAUCUGCCAAAAAAAAAAAAAAAAGUUAACCUCCAAAUUGCGUCCAUGUCAUCCUGAUUCGUGCUUUGUUGUAAACAUCUGUGGAGGUAUUCUAAAGGAUUAUCCUGGAGAUGCAGGAGGCAGAUGGGAAAGAACGAAUAGGAAGAAUUGGGUGCCCUUAAUACCACCCUCUAUUUACAGCCAUUGGCCAAUCAGCCUGUCCUCUAACCAGUCUCGUCCCCCCCACCCUCCUAAAAAAAAAUCUAAUCCAAUCUUGCUAAAGCUGAAUGGGGAGUUAACUAAUCCUCUGCAGGGACCCAGUAACAACCUAUUUUCCAAAUGAAAACCUGCGUACUUUGUGCACAAAUAUAUGUAAUACACUGCUUUUAUGGCAUGACAGUACCACUUGGGUGGUGACCUUAUGGGACCAUUUUUACAGCUUUGAUAAAGGUUGCGUGCCAUGAUUCUUCAUUUGAAGCGACUGGUCACAUACAUAACAUUCUUUUUCUUUUCUUUUUUUUUUUUUUUUGGGGAGGCAGGGGGGUCCCUUAGAGUAACAGAGGUCAAUAGUAAAAAGUUCCAGGUUCAAAAGUGCAGAUCAGUGCCAGUGGUUAAUAGACGCACAGCCCGCAACCAAGACCUCUGUAAUCCCUAAUAUUGCCUUUGCGGGAUUAUUAAUUGUCAGUUUAUGAUCGUGACCGUCGACACCAUAGGGCUGAUCAAAUCAGGUAAGACAAGUUGACGUGUAUAUACCUAACUUACCAAUUGGGUUUGCCUAUCUCUGGAAGGUUUAAUGGGUGUACGCAAAUAAAAACGUCAAUCAAGGGUGUACACUUAUGCUUAAAAUAGACUUCCAUCCAUCCAUUUUCUUUGCCGCUUAUCCUCACGAGGGUCGUGGGAGUGCUGAACCCUAUCCCAGCUGUCAACUAGCAGGAGGGGGGAGGUACACCCCGAACUGGUUGCCAGCCAAUCGCAGGACACAUAGAGACAAACAGCCGCACACAAAAUCACACCCAGGGGCAAUUGUGUGUCCAAUUAGUGUUGCAUGUUUUUGGGAUGUGGGAGGAAAACGGAGUGCCUGGAGGAAACCCACACAGGCACGGGGAGAACAUGCGAACUCCCCACAGGCAGGUCCGGGAUCAAACCUUGGAACUGUGAGCCCAACACUUUCCAGCUGAGCCACCGUGCCGCCUUAAAAUAGACUUUUUAGUUUCAAUUAUCCUUUUUAAUGACUCAAACAACCAGGUGCAACCAUGCAGAAUCAGUAGACUGUAAAAGAGUGUAAAUAAGUAAGGCUUAUGGCAAACAAAUUUUGCAGAGUUGAAUUUGAUGGGUAAAAAAAUUAAAUCAGCAACUUGCUCAUUUAGACCGAUGCAUCCGUCGCACAAAGAUAGUCUUGCUCCUGGAAUUUUAACAACCUAAUGAUUAUGGCUUCCAUGCUUUGGAAAAAUUUAAUGACCUCCAGUACCAUCGAGUGUACUGUAGUAUCUUCCAUGUUUCCGUGCCGUGCCUGCCAACAAGCACACUCGUGUGCAGUUCUGUGCAGGAAGUGAUAAACAAAGCACAACAGCAUCUUAAUUUUAGACACCCUAACGUCGACACACUGAAUACUCCUUUUUACACCAUUUGAUUAAAUUUUAGAGCUUUGGUAAAUGUUCAACUCUUGGCGAAAUGAGCAGCGCGGUCUGGUUAAAUGUGUACAUGUGGUGGUAUUUAAGGCUGUCACUACUGAAUAUAUUUUUUAAACUUGAUGAUUCUCUCAGCUGUUAUAUUGAUUCAUCAGAUACAGACGAAUUUUGCAUCCAGGUUUGUUGCAAAAUCCCUUUUUCACAAUUACUAAUCGAUUAUUGUUUGAUGAGUAUUGAAGCCCAAAUAAAAGGCAAUUAAACAAUAUCACACAACAGAGAGUUCCGUUGUACUCGCCAACAUUUUUGAAACUGAUAGCUACUUCUUGGGUAGCGAUUCAUGUGAAUGGCUAAUAUUUGAGUGUACCUAACGUUCAAUUACAUGUCAGUUACAAGUUACUCCUCACUACCGUUGCAAAUACUUGUUUCUCAACAGUAUUAAAAUGACGUUUUCAUGAAGUGAUUAUGAUUAUGAUUCAGGUACAGGUCUGGUGUGUUAGAUGACAGAAAAUAGGGAAAAAUGUUGCUCAUUGUUUUCCAAAGUAAAAGCAGAUGUUUGUAAAUGUCGUAUUUAUAACAAACAAAACCGAAUCAGUUUGCUUUCAUGAAGGUCUACAGAUAUCAGACAAUAUUUAUUGUUGAGAAACUGAUAGACGAUUUGGACAAGGUCCCUGAACGAUUAAUCGAUGAUUAAAAUACUGAUCCAUUGAUGAUGGAUGAGUUGUCAAUUAAUCGAUAAACUGCGACAUCUCCAGCGGUACUGACAAUUAUAGCAUGUUGCCGAAUAAAAUAUGACGCCAAAUGAUUGUUUACACGAUUCUGCGCAAAUCUGCGAGCUCGCGAGGAUUCCGUAACACCACCGAGGCGAGCAGGCGAGCAGUUAGCAUUCAAGCUCCAUCCAUUAGCCGUGUCGUGUAGCUGAAAGACGAUGAGAAAACAUUGAACGGGACUGUAGUCGCAGUAGUACCACCAAUAGUAUCGGUGCCUCUUCACUCCCCUGUCGAUUGAGUGCCUGCGGCCACCAAGUCGUAGCGGCGGUUAUCUCGCAAAGCCAGCGUUCUCCGCGUACUUGUGUAAAGUAUACACAGUACUACAGUAGUGAGCAGUGAGCUCGGCAGCCUUCCGCCUGGUUGUGUACACUUCCCCCACCCUCUCUCUCUCUCGCUCCAGCCGGCUAGCCGCAGCGUUAGUCCGGUACAUAAAAAUGAAGCGAGCAGAAGCGUUAAGGGAAGCUGCUGCCGUGUGGCUCUUUGGAUUUUGCUGAUGUAUGAGGAGACGCUUUUGUUUUCGUAAGGUCAGUCGCGGUCAAUCGUGACUUUUCUCAACUUCCCGUGCCAGGCAGAAAUGGAGACACACUAACCCUGACCUUAGACCGGAUCUCUGUCAAGGAGAUCAAAGUCAGCUUGGGGCAUGGACGAGCAGAAGUCCACCUGCGACGAAAGCGACUCUGAGCCAACAGCUGACGAUAACGCUCCUGCUGAGCAAGUUGUCUCCUCUGAAGGAGAGUCCCAAGCUCUUCCUGCUGCUGAGGGUCCGUCUGGUCCUACUGCCACCUCUUCAAGUGCACCUAUAGAAGGCGUGAGGGCUUGUGCUCUUUGCAACUGUGUGGAGCGCAGCCUUCAUGGACAACGGGAACUCAGACAUUUGGGGUCGACUUCAGAACUGCCAAACCUCCAGCCUUCAGCUUCUCCUCUGAUCCAGCCUGGAAAUGAUGAGUUGUCUACCAUUGGAUUUUCGGACACCCCUUGUCUGUCAUCCUUAUUUGAUGACUCAGGCGGUUUUUGGGUUCAUCACUGGUGUGCAGUGUGGUCAGAAGGAGUGAAACAAAUGGAGGAAGGCAGGUUGGAAAACGUGGAUAAGGCUGUUAUCUCAGGGACACAGCGGCUUUGUGAAUACUGCAAAAGGCUUGGCGCAACUAUUCGAUGCCAUGCUGAGGGCUGUUCAAUUUUUUACCACUUCCCCUGUGCGGCAGCGAGUGGAUCCUUCCAAUCCAUGAAGCAGUUGGCACUUCUCUGUCCACACCACAUAGACAAAGCAGAAGAGUUAGCAGGGGAAGAGUCUUGGUGUGCAGUGUGUGACUCAGCAGGGGAACUCACAGACUUGCUGUUCUGUACUGGUUGUGGCCUACAUUAUCACGCGGCCUGUUUAGAGAUUGGGGCGACGCCCAUCCAGCGGGCAGGAUGGCAAUGCCCAGAGUGUAAAGUGUGCCAGACUUGCAGACAACCAGGUGAGGACUCCAAAAUGUUAGUUUGUGAUGCCUGUGAUAAGGGCUACCACACCUUCUGUCUGCAGCCAGCCAUGGAUUCUCUUCCCACAGAUCCAUGGAAAUGCAGAAGGUGUCGUGUAUGUAUGGAGUGUGGCAUUCGUGGACUCGUGUUGCCGGGCUCAGCUCAGUGGUUUGAAAACUACGCUGUGUGCGAGGCCUGCCAACGUUUGCGUAGCUCCAUAUGUGGCGUAUGUGGCAAAGCUGCGCACCCGUCGGUGGCUCUUCAGUGCUGCACCAUGUGCCAUAGGUGGGUGCACAGAGAGUGCGAGGUCACAGAAGUCAAGAGCAUUUGCUUGCUUUGUAAGGAGGAUCGACAUCAGCAGGAACCUCUCACCGAAGCAUACAUAGAGACAUCAACCGCAGAGGUAGCGGAUGGUACUGAAGAGCAGAUACAGUUGUUGGAGAUGACAAUCCAAACGGAGGCUGACAUGAUGAUGGAAGAGCAGAGAAAUGUUACGCAACACCAGGGAGGCUCAUCGGAGACGGGGUCUGAGGAUGCUGCAGUUGAAGAAGUGACACCCAUGGAGCUAGGUGCGGAAGCUACCACUGUUGAGACAGCAGAUGUCGGUGACCAAUUCUUGAGGGAGGAGCUGAAGAUAGAAAAAGAAGGUUGCACUUCUGAGGGAUAUACCACACGAUUGGAGUCCCCAGCUGAAGAGUGCUCGAAAAAACAGGGUGCCCCUUGUUUACCUGCUGAUAAAAGAAGAGCAGAAGAGGGAGUCAGCCAAGUGAUUGGAGCGGAGUUGCAAGAUUCUCCUGCUGAGAUACGGUCUCAAAAUCCUAAAGUAGAAGCAACACUGGAGGGCCCUGAACAUAUGGAUGUGGAGAAGCAGGAGACUCCUCCUUCUGUCGACAGGCUUCAAUCAGUAGUGUUUGUAAAGGCUGAUUCUGGUGGCAUCAAAAGUGCAGAGUCAUUCAAUAAGACCCUCACAAAGUUGCCGCCCUCACGACCAUCUGUGGAAGCAGAGCAUGUGCAUCUAUUUGGUGAUCAGGUCACAAGUCCAUGCCAGGCAGGUCCUCAUCUUUUAACACCAGACACACAAGAUGAAGCCUCUGCUGUCAACAUGGAGGAGAGGCUACUACCUCACUCUGAAGAGGAGGACGAAGAAGAUGAUGACGAGCAAAUGAGAAGAGAAGGACACAAUAUGGACAUAAAGGAGGAACCACAGGAGCACGACGUUAAGCCGGAUUUGCUGUUGGAUGAGCUUUCUAAUAUGAGCCAUGAAGAUGAGAGCAGCAGUGGCUUCCUGGGCUCUCCUGGAGAAGUAGAUCCUCACCUCUCAAUGGAGUUUGGCCGCUCUGAAACAGAUGAUUCACUGCCCUUCGAACCACUUGGAGGUCACAGAGAAAAGGUGAAGCGCAGGGGAUCCCCUGGGCGCUCAAGGGUCAAACAGGGUCGAAGCAAUAGUUUCCCUGGGAAGCGUAGACCACGAGGAGGAGGUGGAGGAAGAGGGCGUGGUGGUAGGUCUCGCCUCAAAGCCAUGGCCUCUUGCAUUGAUGCCUUCUUGCUAAGCAUGACCACAGACUCAGGAAUAAGUAAGGAGGAUGAUGAUGAGGAAGAUGACACCAUGCAGAACACAGUGGUUCUUUUUUCGAACACUGAUAAAUUUGUUUUGCUUCAGGAUAUGUGCGUUGUAUGUGGCAGCUUUGGAAAGGGUGCGGAGGGGCAGUUAUUGGCUUGUGCUCAGUGUGCGCAAUGUUACCAUCCGUACUGUGUAAACAGCAAGAUUACAAAGACGAUGCUGCGGAAGGGCUGGCGCUGUUUGGAAUGUAUUGUGUGUGAAGUAUGUGGAAAGGCUUCGGACCCUUCCCGUCUGCUACUGUGUGAUGACUGUGAUGUCAGCUACCACACAUAUUGCUUGGACCCGCCCCUUCACACAGUCCCCAAGGGAGGUUGGAAAUGCAAAUGGUGUGUGUGCUGUGUGCAAUGCGGUUCCAACUCGCCAGGUUUCCACUGUGAGUGGCAGAAUAAUUACACUCACUGUGGCCCUUGUGCCAGCCUUGUCACCUGUCCAGUAUGCAGAGAGAACUUCAUGGAGGAGGAGCUACUCUUACAGUGUCAACACUGCGAUCGAUGGGUGCAUGCUGUCUGUGAGAGUUUAUACACUGAGGAUGAAGUGGAACAAGCAUCUGAUGAGGGCUUUGCAUGUACAUCAUGCAGCCCGUAUGUUCCCAAGCCUGUCGUUGAGUCGGCCAUUAUGGCUUCAAUAAGGAUCAAAGAGCCAAAACCCCAGUUCUACCGGUUAGAGGGCGUCUGGCUGACUGAAUCUGGAAUGUCCUUGCUGCGGUCUAUCUCCAUGUCUCCCUUGCUCAAGAGACGACAGCGACGCUCUCGCCUUGGAGCCUUGUGUUGUGAAGGAGGCCCUGAUGGAAUGGAUGUGAGGGAGGAGGGGGAAGCAGAAGACGGAAAAGUCUGUGGGGAGUCAAUGGACUGCGACACUAAGACGGAGAACCCUGGAAGCCCUGACAGAGAAGGUGGUGUUGAUGGAGGCGCAGAUGGCAUGGCUGAAUGUGAUGUUCUCAAAGGGGGAGUAGACGAUACAGAAGAUGGUAAAAAACGAAAACGGAAACCCUACAGGCCUGGAAUUGGCGGAUUCAUGGUGCGACAAAGGAAGUGUCACACACGGUUGAAGAAAGAGUUUUUUGCCCAGCUGGCUGGAGAGACUACUUUAGAUGGUCAGCCAAUAGAGAGAAUCAUCGAAGAGGGACCCCAUCCAGAUACAGACAACAUCAUGGAUCCUAAACCAAUGGAGGGCGAGGAGCAAGCCAAGAAACGUCGAGGAAGAAAGAAGAGCAAACUUGAGGACAUGUUUCCAGCAUACCUCCAGGAGGCUUUCUUUGGAAAGACACUUAUAGAUUUGAGUAAGAAGGCUGUAAUGACAACCCCUGGGCAGAGGCCAGCUGUAUGCCUUCUUCAGCCCUCUUUACCAGCACCAUCGGUGUUUAAAACUCCAUCCCCAGAAACAGAGGCCAAGGAUCGUAUGGUCCAUCAUCUCAAGCAAGAGGGCGGUGAGGCACCCCAGGCUCAGGGACAAAGUGCGGAAGUCUCUGCACCAUUCACAACACUGAAGGACCUGGGGUCAACUGAUCGUCAUGACGAUGAUGUAGAAAAAAGUGAAGGUCUUCCACAAGGAGUAGAGAAUCAGGAUUCUGAGCAGUUUUUCAGGAAAGUUCUGGGAGUGUCAGAAGGCUCCAGCUUGGAGGGUAUGAAGCCCAUCACAGAGGGCAAUAAGGGAGAACUCAAUUGUAGUGCUCUGCCACAAAGAGCUCUCCUCUCUGGGUCUCUGCCCUCAACUGGAGUUAUGGAUGCUUUCCCUGCCCUCUCUCAGUCAUCGUUCUUUGACAUGCGGGACAAAGGAGGGCUUUUCAGUCCCAAUGGUGGUGAGGAGAGUCCCUGGGCUACUCCCUCCACGCCAGCGACUCCUUCCUCCCCACCAACCCCCACUGAGGCAGAAGGUGAUGGACUGUCCUACAACCAGCGCAGUCUCCAGCGAUGGGAGAAAGACGAGGAGCUGGGAGAGUUAUCAACCAUUUCGCCUGUGCUUUACGCCAAUAGCAACUUUCCCACUCUCAAGCAGGACUACCCAGACUGGGCAAAUCGCUGUAAGCAAAUCAUGAAGAUAUGGAGGAAAGUGUCAGCAGCUGACAAGGUUCCUUAUCUGCAAAAGGCCAAAGAUAACCGAGCAGCUCAGAGGAUAAACAAGGCACAGAAGCAGGCAGAGAGUCAGGUCUGCAGGCCUGUUAAGAUGGAUCCAGUGCGUGUUAAAGGGGAAAGACCGAGUUUACACAUCCAGAUUCCCCCACCUUCCCGAUCUAUGUCCAUCUCGUCUCAGCCAAGCUCGGCAGAAAGCCCAUUUCCUUUACCCCCAGAUUCAGGAUCUUCCUCUGUUUUUUUCUCAGAUGGUUUAGCAAAGACCCCAGGAUCAGCUGAAUUCCGUACAGAUCCUUUUGCCAAGGUCCCGCCUCAGUCACCCCGUUCUCAGUCACACCCACCAACUCCUCUAUCCUAUGCUGGGGCUAGCCCCAUACAGGCCUCCUCCUCAGGUUAUUCUGCUUCCGGCCCACAGGGUCCUCCUCAGGGACGGCCAGCUAGUCUUGGCCCCUUUGACAUGCAACCAGGGACUUCAGGAGCCUCCCGACGGGCUCAGCAGGUUGAUCCCUAUUUUAGAUCACAGUUACAGCAUCAACAGGGUCAUUUAUCAAAAUCUCAGCAAGGCUCUCAAGAGUCCUUUACACCUCAACAAAGUCCUCAUUCAAGAAGUGCUGGAAUAGGGGUUGAGUCACCCGUUUUUUCACCACCCCAUAACACACACUACGGAGACCCUCAAAGAACUCUACUGACAGAUUACAGUUCAUCCCCUGUACCCUCAGUUCCAUCCUCACCUGCCAGCCAGUAUAGGGCUGAUAUGAGUGCACCUUCUCCUCGCUCCACUCCUGUCGGAAGACCUGAACUUGGCACUGGCUCCCCUGCUGGGAUGCUUGAGCCUGGGGAUGGGUUAUUUAAAGCACCUAUGACACCACGAAUGCAUCAAGGGGACGGUGGAGCGCUUCAACCUGGAGCCUCGCCAAGCCACCCUUCUGAAGGAUACAAGCAGUCUCCCUCACACACUUUCUCUGACCACCAUGUUCAGUCUCCACUAACUCCCAAGUUGCAGUCUGGUGAUGGUUGUUCUCUUGGAGCUCAGAGACACCCUGCAACUCAACAGGAAUUGUGCUUGAGAGUUCCCUCCAGCCCACAAUCACAGGGGAGUUGUCAGUCUCCCCUCACUCCUGGCGGGCUCUCUAAUGAUGCCUACUCUGCACAGUCUCCUGUAACCCCACGUUUCCAGUCCCCAGAUCACUGUUCUCAGCCUCCUUCAAGGCCACAAUCUAGAGACCCUUUCAUGACUAUCUACAAACCAGCUCGCCCCACAUCUGCUGCACCAGAUGGAACUACAAGUUUCAAAAGCUCACCCAAUUCAAAUCAAUCACCUCAGUUAAAUUCCAACAGUAGUCCCAUCAGGGAUCCUCUUUCUUGCAAACCCUUAGCAUCCCUUUCUUCAUUCAGCCCUAGCACAGGAACAAUUCAGAUAUCCCAACAGCAGGCAGCAGGUCAGCCACAGCCACCCCAGCAGCAAGCACAGAAGACAGCUGUUGCAGACAGCUACAGCUCUAGACUGCUACCUCCUUCUGGAUCCCAAGAACUGUCAGCUGUCUGCCCACAAGAUACACCCCAUCUGGCUUCCUUGCCGGGCACGCAAGAAAAGCCCAAUAUGUCAGCAGUGCUAGACCCUGGACUUGUGGUCCCGAGUCCCUCUGAGCUGGAGAAGCACAGACAACGUCAGAAACUGAGGGAAUUUCUAAUAAGACAACAAAUGCAACGGAACACCAUGAGACAAGAGAAGGAGGCAGCUGCAGCCACUGUAGGCAACGCAUCUCCUGGAUGGCCAGGAGGAGAGUUGGGUGCAUUUCAACAAGACAAAAUCCACAGAGCACCACCACCUUAUCCACAGGACCGUGUUGCUGUUACGCCUGCUGGCGGUCAGCCCUCUACUAUGGGAAAGAUCCCUGAGAUUGCAAGUGGUAUGGACGAGAAGCUCAUUUGUCCACCAUCCGCAGGAACCCCUGCCAUCGUAGAUUCUAGUACACUUAGGCCACCAGGGCACACCAAGCCUCAGGGUAUGUUUCCUUCCCCAUCAUUCCCUCCUCAGUGGCAUGUUCCAGGACCAAGGAGGUUCCCCCACCCUGGCAUGGAGGGUAUGGCCUUAAGGCACAAUCUCACAAAUGCUGGCAACAUCCAGGGUAUGGAAGUUGUGGGUCACUCUCACCCCAUGAUACCAGGACAUGGAGGAGAGACUAUGCAACCAAUAGGUCAAGGACCCCCACCACACUUUAUUGAACUGAGACACAACUCACAGAGGUUACCACUUAGAUCCCAGUUUAUGCCUCGUGGACCUCAGCCCAGACAACGUCUCUUUGCCCCACAAGAGAUCCCAGCACCUUAUCUCCAACAGCAUCCCAUACCACAUACUAGUGCUAUUCCAUCAGAUGGCGGCAUUAACUCACAGUUAGGGUUACAGCAGAGUGAACUGUCAGCUUUAUUACCUCCGCAGCUUGGAGUCCUAGGAACACAGCAGCCCCAAGCAGGAGCUUUGACUCCCAACACUGCUGGUUCUGGACAUCGACAGCUGUCACAAUCAAGUCUUCUCACAGAACAAAACCAAGCUGCUGGAGUAGAACACAAUGAGGCACUACCAGAGCCUGAUCUUGAGGGCCUUGCGGAUGCGCCAGGAGAUGCAGGUGUGGAGGAUGAAGAGGAUUUAGCUCUUGACUUGGACCCAGACAAAGGAGAUGAUGAAUUGGGAAACCUGGACAACCUGGAAACUAAUGAUCCACAUCUGGAUGAUUUAUUGAAUAGUGAUGAAUUUGACCUGUUGGCUUAUACUGACCCUGAACUAGACCAAGGAGACCCCAAGGAUGGCUUUUCAGACCAGCUGCGUUUAGUAGAAGCAGAAAGUGAAACCCCUUCAUCAGCCUCUGGGUCUGCACUCAUUAAAGUAGAAGAAAAAAGCAAGUUGGAGUGUGGGCAGAAAUCACUCUCCACAACGCCAGCUUCACCAGGGAGGUCAUCAACCCAAAUGCUACCCUCCCCUAAAACAGCCGACAACUCCAAAAUAAAGGGAGAAACUCUCACUCCUCAGCUACUGUCAGGACAGGCUACUGUAAAAGAUGAGAUGGUAGAGGCUGUCUCCCUACUUUUUGGUGGAACUACACCCUCGGCCAUGCCUGCACAGCAAGAACACCAGCCAGCUUCCCUCAGUUCUGUCCGUUUAGGGGGGCUUUCAUACCCACUACAAGGCCAGGAUGGUCCUUUGCCUUUUCCUACAGCUGCUGCCCAUGCAGAUAUUUGUGAUGAUGCACUCGACCUGCCCGAUGUUGGAGGACAGCACUCUGCUGCUGUGGAUUUGGCAAAGGUCGAAAGCUCAUUAGAGGGUGAGCUGCCUCUACUGAUACAAGAUCUUUUGGAGCAUGAAAAGAAAGAACAGCAGAAGCAGCAACAGCUCAGCUCUCUUCACCAGGGAGGCAUGGCUCCUCAUUUUUCUUGUGUUCCAAGUCAACAGUCAAACCCACAGGCUUCUGGACCAUUAAUGUUGCCGCAACACCACCACCGUUCGCCAUCCCAAGCAGUGAUGACUCAGCCUGGCAUGGUACCUCGUGCUCCACACAUGAUGCAACAUCAACAAAGACUUUUGGGAAGUGCAGUGGCACCCUCACCUCACAUGGCCUUGAGCCAGCAGCAAGCCAUGGUAAGAAUAGGGCAACCAGGAAUGCAUGCAGGUCUUAACCAUCCACCGCAGCAACCUGUGAAACAGUCACCUCUGGCGAACAAUUACUUCCCAGACAAAGAUUUAGACAAAUUUGCUACUGAUGACAUUAUGGAUCCCAUUGCCAAGGCAAAAAUGGUGGCUCUUAAAGGUAUCAAAAGAGUGUUGGCACAGGAUCCCAUGGUUGUGCCCCCUGGCAUCAACAGGCAACAGGUUUCUCUGCUUGCUCAAAGACUUUCAUCUGCCUCAGGUACAGAUCCAGGUCAAAUUUCAUCAGGGCCUCCAAAGGAGGGUGAAACCAGUGAUCCGACCCAGUCGAGACCAAACCCUCCUCAAUUUGUUCAAGGAAUCAUCAACAAUUCAGAACAGCACCAGUAUGAGGAAUGGCUUGUUCACACUCAGCAGUUACUCCAAAUGCAGUUAAAAUUCUUGGAAGAACAAAUUGGAGUCCAUCGAAAAUCCCGAAAGGCACUGUGUGCUAAGCAACGUACUGCUAAGAAAGCUGGCAGAGAGUUUGCUGAGUCAGAUGCUGAGAAACUCAAGUUGGUCACAGAAGAACAAGGCAAAAUUCAGAAACAGCUUGACCAGGUACGAAAGCAGCAAAAGGAGCACACCAAUCUCAUUGCAGAAUAUAGAAGCAAGCAGCAGCAGCAAACUCCAGGUCUUCUCGCUGCUGGACAUUCUGGACAUGGAACCCCACCUCACAUGUUUCCCAAAUUACCUGGCCAGAUGAUGAUGGGGCAACAGGGAACUCAAGUCAUUAGCCAACACCCUGGAAUGGUUCCACAAAGUGGAAUUCCUGUUCGUAUGCCCCAAGGUCAGCCUUUCAUCGGAAGACCCCAAUCCCAACUUCCAGUCACUCUUGGAGUCAAUGGUUCUAGACCCACAUGUCCCCCUGGUGCUCCAACAGGAUACUUCCCACAGGGCCUAACAGGAAUGCAGAAUGCUGACCCCAGGCUUGUCCAAGACAGACAACUUCAAUAUCGGAUGCACAUGGCAAAGCUCCAGCAACAACAGCAAGCGAUGAUGGGCCAGCAGCAACAUCAAAAUCAACAGUCUGCCUUAAUAAGUCAGCCACAGCCUUGUUUGAUUGGGAACCAACUUAUGUCCCAGCAGCAGGCAAAUCUUCAACAGGAGAUGUUACCCAGUCAGGUGAAUCAGCAGAGCAUAGCUCAGGUCCCACAAAUAAUGGGCGCAGGUCAGUCUGUGCCUCCAACUCUACAGAACUUUGGUGCUGGCCAACCCAAUAACCAGGCUCAAGUCAUGGGGCCAUCUCAGCCAGGGUUAACUGGGAACCAGCCAGUUUCACAACAACAGCAGAGGGCUCCAAUGAUAGGUCACCAGGGAAUUAUUGUAGGUCCAAGUCAUCCUGUCCUCAAGAGUCCCCAGGGCCAGAUGUCUCAACAACAACAGAACAUUCUGGUUGCAAAACGCAUGCUUGCUGCUCAGCAGCAGCAGAAUGUCCCAAAGACCUCUGCUCAACUUCAGCAGCAACCGAUGGCACUACAAAGGCUUGCAACCCCAUUGACAAUGCAACCAAGCCAAGAGCAAGGGAGGCUUUCCCAACCGUCCACGCCACAGAUGGGUUCAUCUCCUUCGACUGGGAGUACGACGCCUCAGCCUUUAGGAGCGUCAGAUAGUCAAAUAGAGGCUAAAGAGGGUGACCUUCUCAGCUCUGAUACUAGAACACCACAACAUAGUGGACCCUCCACCCCCAAUCAUAUGACCCAGGUGGGCCCUGCUAAUGAUCAGCAGUCUGAUUUGGGGCGACAGCAACUUCAGCAGCAGCACAAAGACCAGGCUUAUAUGCACCAACAACUAUUACUUCCUGACCAACAAUCCAAUCUGGUUGUAAAUUCACAAACUGAUGUGGUUCAGCAACAGCCACCACAACUGCCAACUGCUGUACAGAGGCAAGAUUCAGAUACCACUGACAAGCCCUCGUCGAUGGCAAUUAAAGAAGAAGGAAAAUCUGUAGAAUUCUUAGCACAGCCACAGCAGCAACAACAGCAACUACAAACAGUUCAGCAUGUCAUGCAGCAAUCUCAAGAUUCCAACAUCAAGCAACAGAAUAUUGGCCAGCAACAGUCUGUUGUAGUUAAUAAUCCUCAACAGCAAACCCUCAUUGCACUGCAGCAAAAACAGCAGGCUAUGAUGGGCAGGAUUAGACCUCAUCAGCAAGGCAUGAUGGCACAGAGGCCUGGAGUUCCACCUGCUCAUAUACGCAGCCCUAUCAACCUUCAGGUCCAGGCUAUCAUUGCUCAAAAUCCACAACUACGCAAUCUUCCUGCAAAUCAACAGCUACAACACAUCCAAGCUAUGAUUGCCCAGAGGCAGCUCCAUCAGGGACCAAUGGUGCGGAUGCCAAUGGGUCAACAACAAAGUCAGUUGAGACCUCAUAUGUUACCAGGACAGGUGGCACAUGCUGGUAAACAAAUGCCAAGAAUGGAAGGGCAACAUAUGCCGUAUGGGGCCAUGGGGAAGCCUGUAGGUAUCUGCACUCAACAACAGAGUAGUUCUACUCAACUUCAGCAAGGAAUGGUGGUCCCAGGGCAACCACAAAUAGGAGAGGCAAUACAACAUCAGGUUAUGCGAGGACAAUUACCAGUACCACAAUCUCCUAUGGACCACAGUCGUAUGAUCAGGCCUACAUCACCACGUCAAUCGUUACCCACACAUCCUGGCGAUCUCAGAAACCCGCUGAACCAAGCACUAGGAAUGCGUCCACCCACUCCUAACCAGCACCAGCAGCAGGCACUAAUGGCAGCUGCAGCAGUCCGUAUGCAGGGAUCCCCUUCGCACGCAUAUUCUCCAAGAGGUCCUUUUGGCAUGAGUCCUACCCACCCAGCCUCCCCGUUGCCAUCCCAUGUCUCUUCACCUUCAUUAGCUGACAAUAGAGCUGGAAGGGGAAGUCCAUACAGUCAAGUCAAGGUGUCUCCACUCAGGUCACCGGGAACCAAAACUCUGCUUGACUUUCCGGCGCUGAAAAUUGAAUCGCAGACAUCGGUCAGUGAAAAAUCUCCUACAACGUCACCGAUACCAAAUGGUUCUCGUACAGGCUUAAAUAUCCAACAACAGUCUCCACAAGUUGCAGGAAGCCAUGCUCCUCACCCGUCGCAUGGCUUUGCAGAAGGGGAUCUUUGCAAGUUGACCCUGGAGAACAUUAAACAGGAGCCGAGGGAGGUACAGUGCGAUAGUGUAGGAGAUGCCCAUUCUGAUGCUAUAAAGCGAGAAGCGACCGCUCACAUGGUUUCUUCUGGGAGCAACACUGCAUUUAUUAAUACAGAUGACACCAGGUCUGAAACUGGACAACAAUUGCUCCAGAAACUCUUGAGAACGAAGAACCUUCAGCUUGCAGCCCAAAGGGCCCCUGAAGGCAUCCACAAUGAGAUCAAUGGCCACAUCAACAGCAAACUUGCAAUGCUGGAACAAAAGCUUCAAGGGACUCCUCGAAAUAUGGAGGAUUUACAGUCUAUAAGUAAAAGAGCUCCAGCACAAAAGCCAAAGCGCACUAAUAAAGCACCUGGAGAACGGGGCCUUAACGUACGGAAGAAGACUAAGAAGGAAGAAGUUGGAAAAAGUACUGAAGCGCUCAUAAAGCAAUUAAAACAGGGUCUUUCUCUGCUGCCCUUGAUGGAACCUUCCAUCACAGCUAGCCUAAAUCUGUUUGCCCCUUUUGGGAGCAGCCCAGCCAAUGGAAAACCCCAGCUCAAUGGAUCCUUUGGAAAUGCAAUGCUAGACAAUAUCCCAGACUACUAUGCUCAGUUACUCAGCAAGAGCAACCUUAGCAACCCGCCAACACCUCCAUCUUCUCUGCCACCAACACCCCCGCCUUCUGUACAGCACAAGCUGCUCAAUGGCGUGACUCCUGUGGAGGAACUCUCUCGGGGUCAGAAAAUUGCAGAGUCAAAAAAGAAACCAAUUGAAGCGAUUACAGAGGAGACAAAGAGUGUGGACAUUCUUGCAGCCCUUCCCACUCCACCGCAUAACCAGAAUGAGGACAUCAGGAUGGAGAGUGAUGAUGAGGAUGCUCCAGAAAGCAUCAUUCCAGCAUCCUCUCCUGAAAGUAAUGUUGGAGAGGAAACUCCACGUUUCCCUCGCCUGCAGGAGCCAAAGGAAGAAGAAACUGAGAGAGCAAUAUCCCCCAUAAUUCCCGUCAUUCCUCGCACUGCAAUCCCAGCAUUCUCAGAGAGCAAACCCUUUGAAGCAGGUGAUGGAAGAGGGGUUUCUUUAUCCAAUCACUGGGAUAAAACCAAAAGUAAUGAGGUGGCUGUUACCUUCACAUUGUCCUCCAUGGCAGCCAAGAAACUUAACCAUGUGAUGAUGGCAAUGGCUCAGCUGCUCAAAAUAAGGAUGCCAGGUUCCUACGAGGUGACCUUCCCUACCCAAAACCUCGACAUGCCGGGAGUGGAUGAUCCUGGGAAAGGGCCUGUCCAGUCAGGUGCUGUCUGUCUUAAGGACAAUGCUGCAUCCAGUCAGGAUGAGUGGUUAAGGCAAUUUGAUGUCUCUCUGCCAGGCUGCACAUUAAAGAAACAAGUGGACAUUCUGACACUGAUAAAACAGGAAUUCCAAGAUAAUGAAGACAAAACAGUCCAGCACUGUUACACAACCAAUGUAAAUGACUUGGAUGUGCGGCACCUUCCGAUUAUACCAGUGGAGGAAUCACCGCCUCCAUCACCGUCCCCUCCACUUCCUUCCUCCCCCGAUCCAGUUCCAACGCAUGAGGCAGAACCUUCCAAAACAUUAGUCCCUUCACCCCCAUUGCCUGCCACUCCCACUGCUGUCCAUAUCAAGAUGGAGCCUGAGCAGGAUGCUGGUCCUCCGAUAGAAGGGGUUGAUUUGACUAUGUCGACAGGUUCCGCUCCAGAUACGGCCCCUGAUCCAGCAUUUAACCCUGCGGGUCUCGAUCCCGCUGUUCCCCCAGAGGAUCAUCUGACUCCUGCUGCCAAGGAGGAGGAAUUGGUCAGCGAUUCUCUCAUCACAGAUUCUUCCUGCCUCCUGGAGUCCUCUCCAAAGGCCAUAAAGCAACGCAGACCCCUCUCCCCUGAUGAGGUCUUACUCCCAAAUGUGAAAAAAUGGAAGGGGAUUCGCUGGAAGCGCCUGCAGAUUGUCAUCUCGAUACGUAAGGGUGGCUCGAAGAAGGAAAGCAGCCGUGAGGUAUCUGAGUUGAUGGAGCGUCUCCGUAUUACUCUCCGACCUGACAGGUUACCACGGGAUAAACGCAAAUGCUGUUUCUGCCAUGAAGAGGGUGACGGCGCCACGGACGGGCCUGCCCGUUUACUUAAUAUUGACGUGGACCUGUGGGUGCACCUCAACUGCGCUCUGUGGUCUACUGAGGUAUAUGAGACGCAGGGCGGCGCGCUUAUCAAUGUGGAGGUUGCGCUGCGUCGCGGAUUACGUACAAUGUGCGCGUGCUGCCAGAAAACGGGUGCGACCAACAGCUGCAACCGACUGCGCUGCCCAAAUGUCUACCACUUUGCCUGUGCCAUCCGCGCCCGAUGCAUGUUCUUCAAAGACAAAACCAUGUUGUGCACCCAGCACAAGCUGAAGGGCCCCAGUGAAGAUGAACUCUCCUCUUUUGCCGUUUUACGGCGGGUCUACAUUGAGCGUGACGAGGUCAAGCAGAUCGCCAGCAUCUUGCAGCGAGGGGACCGCAUCCACCUUUUCCGCGUCGGCGGUCUCAUCUUUCACGCCGUCGGUCAGUUGCUACCCUCCCAAAUGGCCAUCUUCCACUCGCCUACUGCCAUCUUCCCUGUGGGCUAUGAGGCCACUCGCAUCUACUGGAGCACACGUGUGCCCAACAAGCGCUGUCGCUACCGUUGCCGCAUCAGCGAGGAUGAAGGCCGCCCCUUGUUCGAAGUGCGUGUUCUGGAACAUGGCAUGGAGGAUUUGCACUACCGUGACAUGAGUCCGCAGGGAAUCUGGGAACAGGUGGUUCACAAGGUUGCCAAACUCCGAGAUGAUUCGUCCAUGUUGAAGUUGUUCACUGAGCACGUCAAAGGAGAAGACAUGUUUGGCCUCACCAUACAUGCCGUCAUGCGCAUCACUGAAUCGUUACCUGGAGUGGAGAACUGCCAGAACUACCAGUUCCGAUACGGACGUCAUCCACUGAUGGAGCUUCCCCUCAUGAUCAAUCCCACAGGUUCUGCUCGCUCGGAGCCCAAAGUCCCAACGCAGUGCAAGAGGCCUCAUACUUUGAACAGCACGAGUGUGUCCAAGGCCUACCAGAGCACCUUCACUUGUGAGAUGAACACACCAUACAGCAAGCAGUUUGUCCACUCAAAGUCUUCGCAGUAUCGACGGCUGAAGACCGAGUGGAAGAACAACGUGUACCUGGCUCGCUCUCGCAUUCAGGGCCUUGGUCUGUAUGCCGCUAAAGAUCUGGAGAAGCACACUAUGGUCAUCGAAUAUAUCGGGACAGUCAUACGCAAUGAGGUGGCAAACCGCCGAGAGAAGAUCUACGAGUUACAGAAUCGUGGUAUCUACAUGUUUCGCAUCAACAAUGAGCAGGUGAUUGAUGCCACUUUGACUGGCGGCCCAGCUCGCUACGUCAACCACUCCUGCGCACCCAAUUGUGUCGCUGAGGUCGUAACAUUUGACAAAGAGGACAAGAUAAUCAUCAUCUCCAGUCGCAGGAUCCCUAAAGGAGAGGAGCUGACCUACGACUACCAGUUUGACUUUGAGGACGACCAGCACAAGAUCCCGUGCCACUGCGGAGCCUGGAACUGCCGAAAGUGGAUGAACUGAGACUGAGGAAGGAGAGAAUGCGGCGUAUCGCCUCCUUUCUGCGCCAAAGCCUAUUUAGUGUUUCUUUAAUUUUUUUUUUUUUUUUUUUUAACUUGACUUAGCCAGUGCAUAAGCUGCUCUCAUCCAAGUGGAGGAAGGCUGGCCUCCAUCUUGGGAUGACUCCGAGUGACAUUUGAGCAUGUAGCCAAAGGUUUGACGAGCAUUAAUCAACACACCACCACCUCUUUCUUGAUGGUGGAUAACAACAACGAGGCGGCGCUUUUUUUUUUCUUUGUUUUUUUUCUUCUUCCCAAUCACAUUUUUUGCUGGGCUGUGAAAAACUUUUUUUUUUUUUUUUAAAGUACGGGAACAAUCAUACCCGCAAGCACCAUGCAUCAAUAAGAGAAAAAGCCAUUUUAAAAUACGCUGAAUGAACUAUUUUUUUUUUUGUUUGUUUUUAAAUUGGACCUACAGUACUUCCUCUCUCACCUCUGAUUACACCCCUGCGACAAAAAGGCACUUUUCACCCCCCCUUCCCUCAUCAAAUCAUUAAUGAAGACAACGCAGAUGUUGGCUAGCGAGACAAUCUUGGUUGAAAAGAACUUUUAGUGACUCCAGAGGCGCCUGCAGUGCUCUUUUCCUUGAACAGUGCGCAGUCCUAAAAGGUUUGUUGGACCCGGUCUACCUCAUUGAUUUAAGCGGGACGUGACUGCUUUGUAUAGAAAUAAGAAAAAGAAAAAAGACAAAAAAAAAAAAAGAAAGCAAGCUAAAACUGUUAACUGCUACUGUGGAAUUUAAGGCGUCGGGGGUCUGGAGGGGGGUCUUUCUUGGACAAGCAGGGAAUUUUUAGCGGCAGGUUUGCGCUGUCUACUCUAUGCUGAUGAUCAUUUACAAUACAGAGCCAACUCGGCGAGGAUCAUUAAUCGUGACUUAUUUAUACCGAGGAACUAUAUGAGCAUUUUUCAUAAGCAUUAAAACAAAAAGGCAAUCAGAAGCUCGACAUCACAUCCCGUCUGCCACCAAAUCACCACGACAUCCAUCUUCCUUGCCAGUGGACGCAUGACUACUAAAAUGUCCUUUUUCAAUCGUGUUCUCUUCCUCUCUGUCGGAUUUAGUGGAGAAAAUAUUUUACUGUAGUAGGUCUUCCUUUUGCCCGAGUGCAGCCUGCAGCGUUUCUAUUUCCCAUGUGAUUGUGUGAGUGCGUGCGUGCGCUUCUCCAGCACCGGUACUUUCUAUCCUCCAGGCUGAACUGUUGGCAGGGAAAGACUGAUUGGAUAAAAGGGCAUUUGUUUCCUCGUCUACCUGAGAGUUAAAAGGAAUUAAAAAAAAUAUAUAAAGGUCUUUAAAGGGAGCUUUACUUAAACUUCCGACACUGCUAUAUUCCUCCUUCCCCGGAAAAACACCUAACACCUCACAGGAUUGAAAGAAAAUGCAAACUUGUAUAAAUGUAGAUAACGGUAUAUGCAUUCGGGGCCUCUGUACCCAGCAUGCCCCUUUUGUAAUCAAAGUGUAGAGACAUAAAAUGGAUGAAGAAAAAAAAAAAUCAACCACUGGAUAUCAUUUUAACAAAGCUGUACAUACGUAUAAAUAUAUGUAAAAUGGCAAACUAAUAUCUCUAUGUAUAUGAACCAGAGUGUUUUUGCAUUAACCAAUUUUUUAUGAGUGUUUUUUGCUAUAAGCUCUCAGAGACACCUUUGUUGAAAAUAAUGUGGUGAGAAAAGAAGCCGAGGCGAUUACAAAAAAAGAGGAUCUGUGUGCAGAAUGCACAUCACACACCAGUGCAUAGCAUUUGUAUUUAUGUAAUAUGUUGGGAUGUUUUUUUUUUUUCUUUUUCGUAUUUAUGCUUACCAAAUCAUGUCCCUCCUUUGGCUCCAAUUGAAUGCAAAUCCUUGUGAAUGGAAGCUUUUUUUUCUUCUUAAUGUCAUGUUUUCUUUUUUGUAUCUUCCCUCUAGAAGUGAAUGUGUUGUGAAAUGCUUACUUGGCCUCCCUCAUGUGUGGAAUAAACCCAAAAUCAACCCCAGAUUUAACCUGGUAAUGAAUUGCACUCCCUCAUAAAUCUAUCUCUAUAUAUAUCUAUCUAUAUAUAAUGGAGAUGUUUGCUUAAGUGGUAGAUAUUGAUUAAGUAUCCCAAGCAGUGAUUCUUUUUUUUUUUGCUUUGUUUCUAUUUCAAGGGAAGACCAUAAUGAGACAUAACGCCUCUCACUGGAUUUUAGCCUGAGACAUUUUUAACUUUUUCUGAAAUCUUAAUUUAAGUUGUCUUUAUCUUUUAAUUUAAGUUUUGCUCAAAUUGAAUUUUUUUUUUAACCUCACUUUAAAAAAAACGCAUCUGUACAGCAGAUAUACUUUUAGGGAUGACAAAUAAAUAUAUUGAUUUUUA